AUGGAUAUAGCAACAGGUCCCGAGUCGCUGGAGAGGUGCUUCCCUCGCGGGCAGACGGACUGCGCCAAGAUGUUGGACGGCAUCAAGAUGGAGGAGCACGCCCUGCGCCCCGGACCGGCCACCCUGGGGGUGCUGCUGGGCUCCGACUGCCCGCAUCCCGCUGUCUGCGAGGGCUGCCAGCGGCCCAUCUCCGACCGUUUCCUGAUGCGAGUCAACGAGUCGUCCUGGCACGAGGAGUGUUUGCAGUGCGCGGCAUGUCAGCAAGCCCUCACCACCAGCUGCUACUUCCGGGAUCGGAAACUGUACUGCAAACAAGACUACCAACAGCUCUUCGCGGCGAAAUGCAGCGGCUGCAUGGAGAAGAUCGCACCUACUGAAUUCGUGAUGCGGGCGCUCGAGUGCGUGUACCACCUGGGCUGCUUCUGCUGCUGUGUGUGCGAGAGGCAGCUGCGCAAGGGUGAUGAAUUCGUGCUCAAGGAGGGCCAGCUGCUGUGCAAGGGUGACUAUGAGAAGGAGAAGGAUCUUCUCAGCUCCGUGAGCCCUGACGAGUCAGACUCUGUGAAGAGUGAGGAUGAAGAUGGAGACAUGAAGCCGGCAAAGGGGCAGGGCAGCCAGAGUAAGGGCAGUGGAGACGACGGGAAGGACCCCAGAAGGCCCAAACGGCCCCGGACCAUCCUCACCACGCAGCAACGGAGAGCCUUCAAGGCUUCUUUUGAGGUCUCCUCCAAGCCCUGUCGGAAGGUCCGAGAGACGCUGGCAGCAGAGACAGGCCUCAGCGUGCGUGUGGUCCAGGUCUGGUUUCAGAACCAAAGAGCAAAGAUGAAGAAGCUGGCCCGGCGGCACCAGCAACAGCAGGAACAGCAGAACUCCCAGCGGCUGGGCCAAGGUGAGCCAGACCCAAGCCUGGGGCUUGGGGACAAGGUCCUGUCGAGUCGCAUGGAGGGCAUGAUGGCCUCCUACACGCCACUGGCGCCCCCGCAGCAGCAGAUCGUGGCCAUGGAACAGAGCCCCUACGGAAGCAGCGACCCCUUCCAGCAGGGCCUCACGCCGCCCCAAAUGCCAGGGAACGACUCCAUCUUCCACGAUAUCGAUAGCGAUACCUCCCUCACCAGCCUCAGCGACUGCUUCCUCGGUUCCUCUGACGUAGGCUCCCUGCAGGCCCGUGUGGGGAACCCCAUCGACCGGCUCUAUUCCAUGCAGAGCUCCUACUUUGCCUCCUGA